AUGGCUUCAGCGCCGGAGCCAUACCCGCUAGAUCUAACGUCGGUGGACACGCCUCGCUGCAUGAUUGCCGGUCAAGAUAUAGCUAAUUCCUUAGGUGUCAUCUUCAAUGUAUUCUUGCUCGGAAUGAUGUGGGUGCAGACGUACGUGUAUCUUAAUACCAACGAGAGGGGCACGCGAUGGAUAAAAUGGAUGGUACUCUUCCUCUUCGUAGUUGACAACGUCAACUCCGGCAUGGAUGUGGCCAUGAUAUAUGACUACACCAUCAAAGACUUCGGAAACUACGAGAAGAUACAGUUCACAAACGCUAUGUUCAAUGCCGAACCGGUUACAACGGGUAUCAUAGCAUCUGUCGUGCACUUUUUCUAUGCGUGGAGAAUCACGGUCCUGACUCGACGCCUCUGGCUCGGCAUCCUUAUUGUUAUCAUGUCCCUCAUCUCAACUCUCUGCGCAAUUGGUGGCGCGAUAGGUAUAACGAUACUCAAAGCGCAAUUCUCCGGACUGCAACGGGUCGAACAAGUUGUCAUCAUCUGGCUUGUGAUGGCAGCCGUCACGGAUACGGUCAUUACGGCGGGAUUGGUGCUGCACUUGCAUAAGCAGAGAACCAUCUUCCCUCAGACGGAAGAUCUGUUGACCAAACUCAUGCGGGUGGUCAUUCCAACCGGCAUGAUCACGGCCGUAGUUGCUAUACUGAACCUCGUCUUGUAUCUUACUACGCAAACCUCUGUACCUCUCAUUUUCAAUCUGCCCCUGGCGAAGCUUUAUACCAAUUGCGUCUUAUCAUCGCUCAACGCCCGGAAGUUCUGGUUGUCGAGUGCCAGUGACCAGGGGUCAACUUCCACUGGCAUCUUUAAGAAACACAACUUGCGCAGUGACGGUGUACUGAGGUUUCAGCACCCGCCGAGCGACGGUGGGAUACAGAUUACUACCACCUCUAUGGUACAUUGUGACCGCUCCGCUGAUGCAAUCGAACUGACCACUGUCAAAUCACCCGGUGUUAGGAGUCUUGAGGAGGGCACUCAAACCGAAGAGGGAUACAAGCUGUACUAUCAUUGA